GGUUAAUCACAAAAUUAUUGAUCUUUAUCAUGAAUCUAACUUUCUGCAUGUUCCGUUUUUAAAGACAGAACAACCAAAGAAACGAUCAUUUUCACACAGAAGUGUACCGUUUGUUGAGAACAUAAGGCAAAUUUUAUCAACAAAUCAAAAUCUAGGAAAAAUUUUGAAUUAUAAAUCAAUUGAUAAGCCUCAUUGCGUAAUUUAUCAUUCAUUUGAGAAAAUAUCCGUCCAUCCUGAUACAUGA